AUCUAUCCGCUGUAUGAACGAUGUCUUCGGUUCAGAGUUUUAGAGAUUUUAUCUGUGAGCGGCUGACUGCUGCCGCCGUUGAAAUAUUCACUGCGUAUGAACAGACUGUGGCCCAAUACGAGUCAGAGAUUAGCCGCCAAAGAAAACUGCUGGAUAACAACUGGACAUCUCCGGUGGAGGUGCACAGAACAGAGACCCCUCAGAAAAAUGUCUGUCAGGAUGUGGAGGUUCUCUCUGAACAACGGCUCCCUAAUAACGAGAGGCGCUGCAGUGCAGACCAGGACGAACCAGAACCUGCGUGUAUUAAAGAGGAACCAGAUGAGCAGGGCAGCGAUCAGGAAGAACCGCUGCCAAUAAAGUUGGAGACUGACAACAAUCCAUCCAUUCAUCCAUCCUCUCCUCCACCUUAUCCUGUUGAAGAUUAUACUGACAAUUAUAUGGAAGCAACAACUGACGAGGAGCAAAAUGGCAGCGAUCACGAAUCAGACAGUGGCCGGCUUCGCUUUCACAACACCCCAACAGCUCUCAACCAGAAUCAGAAGGAAAGCCAUCAUCUUGACUCAACAUCCAGUACGGAUGCAGCAGUGAGGCCAACCAGGAGACCACGUAGAAGUGUUGUCAGUGUUGCUCCCGUAUCAGAGAGUCAGUGUGAUAUUAAGCCGCGUAAAAAGACAAGAAGACGCAAUGUAAACGGAAAGGCUCGCGUGGGUAAUCCCAGAAGAAAACGAUCGGGUAGAAUACACACAGAUGAGAAGCCGUGUUGUUGUGAAGCAUGUGGGAAAGGUUUCAGAGACAAUUACACCUUGUCGGUCCAUAUGAGAACCCACACAGGUGAAAAACCCUAUGUUUGCAAUACAUGCGGGAAGUGUUACAGAAACAGGCAUGGCCUGGUAAACCAUAUGAGAAAUCACACAGGUGAAAAGCCGUACGUUUGCAAAACAUGUGGAAAGUGUUACAAGCACAGCAGCGGCUUGUCGUACCACAGGAGAAAUCACACAGCUGAAGCAGUGUAUUCUUGUAAAAUUUGUGGAGAAAAUUUCCGAGAGAGUUGUGAUUUGUUGGUCCACAUGAGCACACACACAGUGAAGAACCUGUAUAGCUGCAAAGACUGUGGGAAAAAAUUCAGGCUACGUCGUGACUUGCUGGCUCACAUGAGAACUCACACAGGUGAGACUCUGUAUCCUUGUCCACAGUGUCAUAAAACUUUCAGUCUUAGUCGUUACCUAAUUGUGCACAUGAGAACUCACAGGUGAGAGGCCAUGUUUUUGUGCAACAUGCAGGAAAAAGCUCAAUCGACAAGAACCUGGGAAAAAAACUAACAUUGAUGAAAAGGUUUUGAAAGUUGAGAACCAUGUACAAACUCACUCAGCUUAUACUUAACACUAUUCAAAAACUGUUCGAUUGUGCCUCAGUUGCCAGCAUCUGAUUUCGUAAUGCAAGAUUUAUCUGGCAAAAUGUAUGUUCUGUGUGAAACUGUUUAAGCGGUUUGCAGCUGUGUCAUUUUCUGACGUUGUACUUGGUAAGUCCAAAUGGCAGUUCAAAUGUUGGCUAUACCUUGUUUCAGUAUCUAGUCAUUAUUACACAAAAUGUCAUGUAGAACAUUUUAACCUGUUAACCUAUGUUAUCAGUUCUUGCACUAAACGACAGUGGAUUCAGUGGAUUGCUCGAUUGACUGCAGCAUGAACUCUGUGUUUUAACCUGUAUUUGGCUCGGUUUUUGGGAAUUGAAAGUGCAUUGAGUUAACUGCCAAGUU